GUUUGCAGGUCCUGUGGUACAGAGCUGAUGGUCUCUGAAUAAUUGGCAUUCCAAUAAACAAUGGAAGAAAUUUAUAUCAAUGCUGACUAUGACAAACUUAAAAACCCAAUAAAUCACACAGGUCCAAGCAGCUUUAAGCGGCAUUUCCAUUCAGGUGUUGUUCUGUCUCUGGGCCUGCUGAGUGUGUUCCUGCUGAUUGGACUCAUCACCACUGGUGUCCACUUGCGUGAUUCAGCUGCAGAUCUCUCUGCCACGAGCAACAAACUUUCCUCCAUGACUGAAGAGAGAGACCAUCUGAAGGCAAAUCUUUCCACUAUGAGCAACAAUCUUUCCUCCAUGACUGGAGAGAGAGACCAUCUGAAGGCAAAUCUUUCCACUAUGAGCAACAAACUUUCCUCCAUGACUGGAGAGAGAGACUUGCUCCGUGCCAACCUCACUGAGAAGACCACUGAACUGGAGAGGCUUCAGAGUUUGUCCAAACAGAAGAAAAUGUGUCCUACAGGAUGGACAAAAUUCAGCUCUAGCUGUUACCUGCUGUCUGCUGGCUCUGGUUCCUGGGAUGCAGGUAGAAAGGACUGCAGAGACAAAGGAGCAGAUCUGGUGGUGAUUGAUAGCCCUGAAGAACAGGCCUUCCUCUCAACAAUCAUCCAGACUAACACUUGGAUUGGUUUGAAUGAAAAAGAACAGGAAGGACAGUGGAAAUGGGUGGAUGGAACUCCACUGAUUCUGUCGUACUGGGCGACAAAUGAACCCAAUAAUGCAGGCACACCGCAUCAUGAUGAAGAUUGUGUACAUAUAAGAGAUGAAGACCGCAUGACUUGGAAUGAUAUUUCAUGUGCAUCUUCUUUUAAGUGGAUCUGUGAAAAAAUACCAUAACACCACUGAACAGUUUCUUGGACAUCAUAUAUAUAUUCUUACAUGUUUUAACAUCUUAGCUAUGAUUGUUAUUCUACUCUAGAUUUUAAUUUUAAUGUUGUAUUCUGUUUUGAGUGGGUGUAAA